AUGGCAGCAAGAAAUGCAGACUCCAUGACCAACGCCCAGGGUGAAUUCAUGCCUCGCAAGCCCCGCGAUGAACCCAUGGAGAAGCACGGUCACCAAAUAGGCCAAAAAGUCUCGCCAGCAGAUCACGCCCCCGAAUUCACCGCCAAAACCCUUCCCCCAGGCACAGCCCCAGCAAAUGCAACGUACCAACCAAAUCCAGUGGGCGAAGUUCCAGGACAAGCUCUGAAUGACAACGUCAACCGCUCCCACGGCAAAGAAGGCGUCCGCACCGACCCUCUAAGCACACUGCCCGGCGCCACAUCUGCCGACGUGCACACGGGCCUCGGCCACCCGGGCCAGGGACAGACAUCGACCGAACUCCGUCACGAAGGACACCACACAGCCAGCAAAGCGACCUCGGGCCCAGAGGGCGCAGGUGCAACGGGCGGCUCAGGCGUCCGGGACUCCAAUGACGUGAACCCCGGGUUUCGACGCCUCCAGCAGGAGGGCAAUCACCCUCGAGGGCCCAUCUCGGGACACAAUGUGAGCAGGACGGGCGCCGAAGCCAAGGAGCCCGUAAGCGCAGAGUUCGUCGCCGCAGAGGGUGCAAAAGCUGGCGAGCACACAGAAUAUUCCAAGGCCAAGGGCGCGACGGGCGUGUCCGACCGGGGGGCGGCAAAUCCUCGCGAGUAA